UCGGGGGAGGGGGUUCUGUGUGGUAGCUAGGAAGUGAAUGCAAGCUAAAGCCACCGAGAACAUUUUCAGACACGUGUAUAUUUAAUACUGUAGAUUUGACACAGUGUUGAGUAUAAAUCCUUAACAUGGGUAGUGAUGAAGAAAAGUAUGACGGUAUGUUGCUUGUUAUGGCACAACAGCAUGAAGGCGGGGUACAAGAGUUGGUGAACACAUUCUUUAGCUUUCUCCGACGAAAAACAGACUUUUUUACGGGUGGUGAACAUGGAGCUCCUGAGAAGCUGGUGAAAGAGGCAUUUGGUCAUCACAGUCAGCUGGCACUCAAGGCCCAGAAAGAGAAACAGUCCAGACAGGAGAAAGAGAAGAAGGAGAAAGCAGAAAGAGCCGCCAUGCUCAAGGCUGAGGAGGACAGAAAGAAGAAGGAUGCUGAGAACGAGCCCAGAAUCAAAGAGCUCACAGAUGAGGAGGCAGAGACACUCCAGACACAGAUAGACCAGGAGAAAGACAAGGAGGAGGAAAAGGAGAAAGUCUCUGAAAGCAGUACUGCAGCUGCAGCUGAUAAAGGGGAGAAAGACAAGGAGGAGGAAAAGGAGAAAGUCUCUGAAAGCAGUACUGCAGCUGCAGCUGAUAAAGGGUCUGAGUCAGAAGGAGAAGAGGAUGAAAAGGAUAAGGACAAGAUGAAGCCUAAUGCUGGAAAUGGAGCAGACCUCUCCAACUACAGGUGGACACAGACACUGUCUGAAGUGGAUCUCAUAGUGCCUUUUGAUGUGAAGUUCCGCCUGAAGGGGAAGGACGUGGUGGUGGAAGUUCAAAGGCGUCAUCUAAAAAUGGGCUUAAAGGGCCACCCACCUGUGAUUGAUGCACAACUUUUUAAUGAGGUGAAGGUAGAGGAAUGCUCCUGGCUCAUUGAUGACGGAAAAAUAGUGACCAUCCACCUGGAGAAGAUAAAUAAAAUGGAGUGGUGGAACAAGUUGGUGACCACCGACCCUGAAAUCAACACCAAGAAAAUCUGCCCAGAAAACUCCAAGCUUUCUGAUCUGGAUGGUGAAACACGGAGCAUGGUGGAAAAGAUGAUGUAUGACCAGAGGCAGAAGUCCAUGGGCCUACCAACCUCUGAGGAGCAGAAGAAGCAGGACAUCCUGAAGAAGUUCAUGGAGCAGCAUCCUGAAAUGGAUUUCUCCAAAGCCAAGUUCAGCUGAGAACCCCUGCAUCCUGCAUUCACAAGCUUCUUAUCCAGAAAGUUCUACAUUUCUGUCCACUGAUCCAUGUGUUACUCCUUUACUGUACAGUGGAAAAAGUCCUCAUCAAAGUCAUGUUGCAUAUUUCACUGUCUUCUGAAUAUUUAAUUGAUAUUUACACUUUUUUAAAUAAAUAGAUUCAACCUCCAUGA